AUGUCGCCAUCGAUCAAUGACAUUUUGUGAAGUUGAAUUUAUUGAUAUAAAGCGUUAAUGUAAAUAAUAAACAAUUUCCACAUAAAAGUCGGCUUCCAGUCGAUAUGUAUGCCAAGGGCAAAGGCUCUACGGUGCCUUCGGACGCUCAGGCUCGCGAGAAGUUGGCAUUAUACGUGUAUGAGUACUUGCUCCAUGUCGGCGCUCAGAAGGCCGCACAAACUUUUCUCUCGGAGAUACGAUGGGAGAAGAAUAUAACGCUGGGAGAGCCGCCGGGGUUCCUGCACUCGUGGUGGUGCGUGUUCUGGGACCUGUACUGCGCCGCGCCAGAGAGAAGGGACACUUGCGAGCAUUCAUCUGAGGCCAAAGCUUUCCACGAUUAUGGAUUCGUCAAUUCUGGAUACGGCGUCAACGGGAUCGGUCACAAUGCUGGCCCGGCGCCUCCAAAUGACGGAAUGGGGGGCGGAGGCAUGCCUCCAGGGUUCUUCCCGAACUCGUCACUGCGACCAUCACCGCCAGCCCCACAUCCGGGAUCGCAGCCGUCCCCGCAUGGUCCGCAGCCCCAGCUCAUGGGCACAGGACAGCCGUUCAUAGGGCCCUGGUACUCCAGCGGGCCCCGUGGCGCCGUCAGGAUGGGAAUGGGCAACGACUUCAAUGGCCCGCCAGGACAAGGUAUGAUGGGCAACUCGAUGGAGCGCGGCGGCGGCGGCGGCGCGGGGCUGCUGGGGCCGCGCAUGACGCCGCCGCGGCCCGCCUGCGGCCCCAUGUCGCCCGGCGCGUACGCCACUGGCAUGCCCCGCCCUCCGCCACAGGGUGCAGGUAUGCCUCCGAUGGGGAUGGGCCCGCGCGGCGCAUGGGCGGGCGGCACAAGUUCCGGGGGAGGGUCCGCGCCCCUCAACUACAGCGGGGGGUCCCCCGGCGCGUACGGGGCCCCGCCAGGGUCGAACGGACCCCCCGGGCCCCCCACGCCAAUAAUGCCGAGCCCACAAGACUCAUCGAACUCUGGCGGCGACAACAUGUACACCCUGAUGAAACCGGUCGGCGGCGGCGCGCUGGGACCCGAGUUCCCGCUCGCCGGCGAGAUCGGCCCACAACCGCACUCUAUGCCUCAGCCGCCCGCAGCCGAAGGCCUGGGUGGUGUGGACGGCAUGAAGUCGUCGCCGGGCGGCGUCGGCGGCGGAGGACCGGGGACGCCGCGCGAGGACUCGGGCUCCGGGAUGGGCGACUACAACUUAAGUUUCGGCGGGCCAGGCGGCGAUCAGAACGACCAGACGGAAUCAGCAGCAAUCCUGAAAAUAAAAGAGAGCAUGCAGGAAGAGGCGAAACGGUUUGAGAAGGACCCCGAUCACCCGGACUAUUUCAUGCAGUGAACACUGAUAGAGCCGCCAACUUGCCAACACUGAUCAAAAAACCAGUAUAAAAAAACCGGUACCGGAAUUCUCUCUUCAAAUAAUUCGGUAAAAGUACCGGUACCGGAAUUAUCUCUUCAAAAUUAUCGGUAAAAAUUCCGGUACCGAAUUUCUUUUUUGAAAAUUAAAUUAAUAUUUAUUAUCUUAUUUUGUAUGAUCUCAAAUAAAUGUUUGGUGGGUUGGUGGGGUCCCGUUUUUGCGUUCCAACGAUCUGAUAAAAAAAAAGGAAAAGAGAAUUAUCAUUUUUUUUUACUGAGUAGCUUUCAGCUUACCCUUCGCAUGUUAUUUAUUUUAUUAAUUAGUCACUUCUAUAGUUUUUUGUUCGACUGUUUUUUGUUAGUUGCCGCCAUUUGUCUCUGGGUAAUAGAAAAAAAAUGGAGGAAAAUAAAAUGGUGACGACUGAUAAAAAAAAAUGUCGACGCCUUGGUAGCCGUGAAAUAGCAAAAACUUCGUCUUAGUGAUGUUCUAUGUAUUAUCUAUAUUUAGUUAUAUAGAUUUUUAUUUCGAAUAAAAAAAAUAUUAUGUAUGUAUUGACUAUACAUAAGGUAUUCAUUUAAUUUAAUGUAAUAAUAUGACUAUAACGUUUGAAGUUCGAACUUCAAGUAUUUUUUUGUCGUUUUUACUAUAAUAUAUGAAGCACAUACAUAUCUGUCUUUCAAUAUAGAAUAUGUUUACUUACAAAUAAUUCAUAAAGACCAGACCGUCCAAAAAAAUCUGUAUAUUUACGUCUUUAAUCUGAAUUCAGUCUCUUUUGUGAAUACAGCUAUUUUUUUUUUAUUAAUUUCUAAUACAUUUGUACCUAUCUAUUUAAUGAUUGUGAACCAAGGACCCAUUUUUCAUUUUUUCCGAUUUUAGCUUCAGGCUGGCAACGCACUUGUGACACCCCUGGUGUUGCGACUGUCUGUGGGCGACGGUAAUGGCUUACCAUCACGCAUUUUUUAUUUUUUUUGACAUUACUUAAUGUAGAUUUGCCGCAGAUAGCAUUAACUACUUGGCCGGACAAAUGGGGAGCGCUGAAGGCUCUUCCCCGGUACAACGUUUAUUACCAUCACGCG